CCCCGCAAAAAAAAGUUGUACCCGAAUCGCGAAAUAACUUCCUCCCCCUUCGAAACACCACGCAACCGGACUAACCGCAGCAGCAGUCUCUUUCACUCGCGCGCUCAACACACCUUACCCGACGACACAAAAUGGCUGACCGUGGUGCAAGCGCCCCCGCCCGUGGAGGUGGUGGUUUCGGAGCUCGUGGCGGUGACCGUGGCCGUGGACGUGGCCGUGGUCGCGGACGUCGCGGCGGCAAGAGCGAGGAGAAGGAGUGGCAGCCCGUCACCAAGCUCGGUCGUCUCGUGAAGGCCGGCAAGAUCAGCUCCAUGGAGGAGAUCUACCUUCACUCCCUGCCCAUCAAGGAGUACCAGAUUGUCGACUUCUUCCUGCCCAAGCUCAAGGAUGAGGUCAUGAAGAUCAAGCCCGUCCAGAAGCAGACCCGUGCCGGUCAGCGCACCCGUUUCAAGGCCAUCGUCCUUAUCGGUGACUCUGAGGGACACGUCGGUCUCGGAAUCAAGACCUCCAAGGAAGUCGCUACCGCUAUUCGCGCUGCCAUCAUCAUCGCCAAGCUUAGCGUCAUCCCCGUCCGUCGCGGUUACUGGGGAACCAACCUCGGUGCCCCCCACUCCCUGCCCACCAAGGAGUCUGGAAAGUGCGGUUCCGUCACCGUCCGUCUCAUUCCCGCCCCCCGCGGUACCGGCCUUGUCGCCUCCCCCGCCGUCAAGCGUCUCCUCCAGCUCGCUGGUGUCGAGGACGCCUACACCUCCUCCGCCGGUUCCACCAAGACCCUCGAGAACACCCUCAAGGCCACCUUCACCGCCGUCUCCAACACCUACGGCUUCCUUACCCCCAACCUGUGGAAGGAAACCAAGCUCAUCAGAUCGCCUCUCGAGGAGUACGCGGACACCCUGCGUGAGGGCAAGAAGUACUAGAGGAUGUGCGAAUGAUGGGGAAGACGUCGGCGGCGAGGAGAUGAGAAGAACAAGUGUCGGCUUCGGGAUUUCUUCAUGGAGUUGCGUGUGUUACACUGCAUCGUUGGUUGGCCAGGGCAUGACAUUAAGGCUAAGGGCAAACUAGCUCCGGAUCUGAAAAUAAAGAUCAAACAUUGAAUGCAGCCGACGGGUUUUUCAAAAAAUAAGUACGGGCAUGAAUUUUACGAUACCUUCCAGACAACGUCCCACCGGCCGAGUGAUACCAUGUUGGAGCGCCAUUUUGCGGAGCAAUUAGGAUUUCGAAAAGGAUGGGUUGAAGUAAUGAUUUGCCAAGCAUCGCCGGCAACCGAGCGGUUCAAAAGUCAUUCAUCAAGCGACAUAUGGACGUCGACGGGCUACGGAACAGCGCGUUAGAUAUUGACGACCAUUCUGCCUACUGCACCGAUACUUGGAGAUUUUCUCGACAUAAACCUACUUAGCCAUAUUUUCUAUUCUUGAGGAUGUACGGCAAAACAUAAAUUCUCGAGACAGAAGGUACAAGCCAUC